CUGCGCUGUUUUUACCAUUUUCAUUUAUCCCAUCUGCCGAGUCACCGAGUCCUGCUCUGGAUUAGAGUGGUUAUUCACCAGAACAUUCUGCCGCUGGUUGCCAUGGACACCUCCCAGGCUGCUUCCCUCAUCACCUCUUCAUUCUCAGCAACACUGGCUGCGAGGGUGGGUACCACUGCCCCUUCUCCAGGACCCAAGGGGCAUCAAAACUCCUCCAGACAGGGAGGGGCUCCGAUGACGCAGAAACAAGAGCAGAAUCUCUUGUCCCAGCUGAAAAAUCAAGAACAGCCUGGAGCUGGUUACAUCCAUCCAAACGUGGUCGAGGCAGGAAUUUACCAAAUAAGUCAACAAGCACACCAUUUGGUUUUCCGACAAGAUGCGGCGACUGUGUGUGUAUGUGCUGAUCUUUGCGCUGGCUCUGGCCGCCUUCUCCGAAGCUUCUUGGAAGCCCUGCUCCCAGCUGCAGGACGCACCCUCAGGUCCAGGGGCCAAUAAGGGCCUGGACCCGCAUUGGCCAGACCAGCUGGACAGGCUGGGCCCAGCCUCUCAUCACCGAAGGCAGCUGGGGCUCCAGGGUUCCCCACACUUGGUAGCAGACCUGUCCAAGAAGCAAGGGCCAUGGCUGGAAAAAGAAGAAGCAGCCUACGGAUGGAUGGACUUUGGCCGCCGCAGCGCUGAGGAAGGGGAUCAAAGUCCUUAGAAAAAGCUUGGGAGCCCAGCCGGCUCCCACCCAGCCCAGCCCUGCCCUGUGAAAAACCAACCAAAAUAAACUAGCUUCGGAUGGAUG